UGUUGAUCAACAUGUGACAGAUUUGUGGAGUGAAUUUGAGGCGGAAACUCGGUGUGCGUCGUGAUGACUACUCGAGGGAAAAAAGAGUUUUUGACCACUAUUUCCGUGGCGGAAAAGGACGUGCAAAGCUUGCUGGAUCGAAGCGUGGCCUUAUUCGACCAGAAUGACGGACUUCGUUUCGAGUUCUUCCAACAAAUCUGGCAAGAAAUGAGGUUUCCUUGGAUCUUUCUUGGACAAGACAAUUUCCGUGAUGUCUACGAGUUGACGGAAGAUUUGUUGACUUUGAUCAAAGGCCAUCUGAUUUUGGCGGACAACGAUUUUGCCCUCAGAGCCGCCAGUUUGUACACUUUGUACGGCGUCUACUGGAAACAACCCAUUCGACCUCGGCUACGCAUCCGAUUGAAUAAAGAUGAGUACACAUCGUGUCAGACCUUUAUUGAGGAGUGUCGCGAGGAACAACAUUGGGACCUGAUUUACUGUUGGACUAGGCUUCUCUCCAAUUACGCCGUGGAAUUUACCGGACCCAGCGUAAUCAUGGGCGUGGAGGCGGGCGUGACGUGGGAGACCAGGAGUUCCCAAGACCAACGUAUCCUCGCCUACAAGCUCAAUCCUUUCAGUUCCAACGAGAUCCAGUCCUGCUUCGGGCGGAUUGCACAAACGCACCAGCAUUACAUGACCAUCCGCAACGCCCUCCGAAAUGUGGAUCCGCAAUCGGAAGCCGGAUUGUCGCUGGUGUCCGAAGACUUGCCCGAGGCUUUAGAGGCUAUCCAAGAUAACAUCGCCGGUGGGGGAACAUCGUCCCGAGAGAAAGGUCCGGGAUCGAAGAAGAUGGAUGAGGGACAAGUGGAAGAGACAUCGCCUUCCACUGAUGAGACGGGGCCAUCCAUUGGAGAUCGGCGACAACGACUCAUUCAAGGCGCGUUUGCCACGGGCGGUGAAACUUCCCGUCAGAAACAGCUCAAGACCUUCUUACCCGACUCAACAACUGCCAAUGAUCCGGAUUACAACAACGAAGAAGAAGAAUAUGACCAGACCGACGAAGACUCUGAGGAUGAGGAGUACAACUCGUCCAAGAGGGUCAAGAAACCCAAGAAAUCCUCACCAUUCUUGGAAGAUCGGCGAGGCACGCUCAGAUGUAAAGACCAGGAAGGGCUUCAUCCGGCGUUUCCGCCCAAUGAUCGACUUGAGAUGGAACUGGCUAAAGCCGAAAGUCGCUUGAAGAUUGACAUUUCAACGCCCUUCCGAUCCCUUCCCAAAGUCCAGGAUGAGGAUGAGUCUACGGCCAAGCCUAAAGGCCAAGCCAAAGACAAGGCCCAAGGCAAGACCAAAGGCAAAGCCCAAGGCAAGACCAAAGGCAAGACCAGGCAGAGAGCGAAACGAUAAGGUCACGUUAAGGAUGACGACAAAUCAAAGUGCAAAGUCUAGGGUGCGAGUUCUUUAACGUAAAGAUGCCUUUUUGGGAUGUGAUAUUGUUAUGUUUUGCCUCAAUCGAACCAUCUAUUGGAAAUUAUUAAAUGGAUCAGUCAGGGUGUGA